UGGAUCAUUUGAAGGAAUGCCAUCAUUACGUUUCCUUUAUCUCAACUCAAAUCAACUCACCCGUCUAUCGAAGAACAUUUUCCAACCGUUGAAACAACUGGAGGGAGUUUAUCUGGAAAGCAAUAAUAUCUGGCAAAUUGAUGCUGAUACAUUUGCCAAUCUACCGGUUUUGAAUCGCAUUUUCAUGUUUAAAAACAAACUCACUAAUCUACCGCCAGAUGCAUUCACACGGUUGCCAAGUUUGAAACGCCUACGCCUCGAAGACAAUCCAAUCGACUGUAAUUGCGGCAUUUACUCAUUGUGGCGUCACUAUCAACAGCAUCCGCAACGUAAACUCAUCACCAUCGCAUUGACUUGUGAAACACCGGCCACAUUGUAUCGUUAUGGCUUUAACGGAUUACGGGAAUCCCAUUUCCACUGCAAAAAACCGGAAAUUGUCACAGCACCGCUUGACAUGCAUUUAACAGCAGGUGAAAGCGUUGAAUUACCAUGUCGCAUGGUUGGAGAUCCACAGCCGGAAAUUAUAUGGAUGCAAAACACCAACGAAAUCUCACAGGACUAUGCGCCCAAAAUGCAGGUGAUGCCCACGGGCACCCUCAAAAUAAACGAUGUCAAUGCAAAUGAUAUUGGAAUUUAUGAGUGCAUUGGACGCAAUGAAGUUGGCGAGACAAGAACCCAGCCCAUUCGCAUGGUAGUGGACAAUAAUAACCGUCCUAUUGAAACGCCACGAACAAUAAACUCGGACGCACAACGACAGACAUCGAGGCCAACACAAACAACACGACAACCGACAACACAGCAACCUCAGCCCCAGGCGCCAGUAUUUAUUCUCUCGCCAUCGGAUGCAAUUGUCGCCCUAAAUGGUGAUCCAGUCCGAUUGGAUUGUUUGGCUACGGGUCUACCCGUCCCUGAGAUACUGUGGUAUUUCAAUGGUCGUCUAGUAGCACAGUCCACAGAUGCAUUGCGUAUACAGGCCAACGGAAGUUUAGUUAUUGUUAAGCCCACACUAUUGCAGGCUGGUACAUAUCGCUGUGAGGCAACCAAUGCCCUAGGCAGUGUUCAGGCUAGCGCCAAUAUUGAUGUAAAAGAAUUACCCGAAAUACUAAUGGCCCCACAAAAUCAAACAAUAAAAGUUGGCAAAAAUUUUGUACUUGAAUGCGAUGCAGAUGGUAAUCCAAUACCGACUAUAACGUGGCAUUUUAAUGGCGAACCAAUAACAACAUCGGCCGACAAUGACCAUCUCGUGUUGGAAAAUGAAAAUACAGAAUUGAUUGUGAAUAAAGCAAAGGAAUCGGAUUCAGGCGUCUAUACGUGUAUUGCUGAAAACGAGAAUGGACACACAAAGGUAUCGGCAACCGUUACCGUGGAACGGGUUAACAGUGCUCCACGUCUGCUUAUUAAGCCAUUCGAUCUGGAUGCUUUAAGCGGAACCAGCAUCGAAUUGCCCUGCAAAACAGAGGAUUCAGACGGCAUACAGAUUACUUGGCGCAGAGAUGGCCGUAUAAUUGAUCCGAAUGUAUUGUUAACGAACAAAUAUGAAAUCAGUGGUACUGGUAGUUUGUUUGUACGCAAUGUGACCAUAUUCGAUGGCGGACGCUAUGAAUGCUCGGUGAAGAAUGAAUUUGGUAGAGCGACGGCAUCUGCAUUUGUGACAAUAAGGAGCAAUGAUGAUUUGGCACCUGGAGAUCGUUAUGUUCGCAUUGCAUUUGAGGAGGCGGCCAAGGAAAUCGAUUUGGCCAUUAAUAAUACUAUCGAUACCCUUUUCACAAGUCGUAAUCGCACAAAACCAAAUGGUGAACCUGCACCGCCCAAUUAUGGUGAUCUGCUGAGGGUUUUCCGCUUCCCCACCGGCGAAGCCAGACAAUUGGCUAGAGCGGCAGAGAUUUAUGAACGUACAUUGGUUAAUAUACGCAAGCAUGUCUUAAUGGGUGAUAAUCUGACCAUCGAAAGUGACAAAUACAAAUUUAAGGAUCUAUUGUCGCGCGAACAUUUACAUUUGGUUGCUGAACUAUCCGGUUGUAUGGAGCAUCGUGAAACGCCCAAUUGUACAGAUAUGUGUUUCCAUUCGAAAUAUCGUAGCAUUGACGGUACCUGCAAUAACCUUCUUCAUCCUACCUGGGGUGCAUCCCUAACGGCAUUCCGCCGUCUUGAGAAACCUAUCUAUGAAAAUGGCUUUAGUUUACCCAUUGGUUGGACUAAGGAUAAGUUAUAUGCGGGAUUCCAGAAACCAAGCGCUCGAUUGGUUUCCACCUCAUUGAUAUCCACCAAGGAAGUAACUCCGGAUGACCGCAUAACUCAUAUGGUUAUGCAAUGGGGUCAAUUUUUGGAUCAUGACAUGGAUCACGCUAUACCCUCCGUUAGUUCAGAAAGUUGGGAUGGUGUGGAUUGCAAAAAGACGUGUGAAUUCGCCCCACCUUGUUAUCCCAUUGAAGUACCACCAAAUGACCCACGCAUCAGUAAUAGACGCUGCAUUGAUCUGGUGAGAUCUAGUUCGAUUUGUGGUUCUGGCAUGACUUCGGUAUUUUUUGACAGUGUCCAGCAUCGUGAACAAAUCAAUCAACUGACUUCGUUCAUUGAUGCCUCACAGGUGUAUGGCUACACUGAAGAAUUUGCCAAUGAACUUAGGAAUUUGACCACAGAUGAUGGCCUUUUACGUGUGGGCGUUCAUUUCCCAAAUCAGCGGGAAAUGCUACCAUUUGCCGCUCCCCAAGACGGCAUGGACUGCCGCCGCAACUUAGACGAAAAUCAAAUGAAUUGCUUUGUAUCAGGCGACAUAAGAGUUAAUGAACAAGUGGGUCUACUGGCCAUGCACACAAUUUGGUUACGAGAACAUAACCGCAUAGCUACUGCCUUGAAGGAUAUUAAUCCGCAAUGGGAAGGAAACACCCUAUAUCACGAAACAAGGAAAAUUGUCGGAGCCCAAAUGCAGCACAUCACCUACAAGCAUUGGUUGCCUUUAAUAAUUGGCGAAAGUGGCAUGAAAAUGCUUGGGGAAUACAAGGGAUACAAUGCAUCAUUGGAUCCUUCAAUCGCAAAUGAAUUUGCCACAGCUGCUUUCCGAUUUGGCCAUACCCUCAUCAAUCCCGUACUACAUCGCUUGAACACUUCGUUUGAACCCAUAACUCAGGGACAUUUGCCAUUACACAAGGCCUUCUUCGCUCCAUGGCGUUUGGUGUACGAAGGCGGUGUAGAUCCAUUGAUGCGCGGCAUGUUUGCCACACCGGCCAAAUUAAAGCUGCCUGGACAAAAUCUCAACUCAGAGCUAACAGAAAAACUUUUCCAAACAGCCCAUGCUGUAGCUUUGGACUUGGCUGCAAUGAAUAUACAGAGAGGUAGAGAUCAUGGCAUACCUGGCUACAAUGUCUAUCGUAAACUUUGUAAUCUGACUGAAGCCAAAACCUUUGACGAUCUGGCCAAGGAGAUUACGGAUAAGGAAGUCCGCGAUAAACUGAAGGAACUUUACGGUCAUCCGGAUAACAUUGAUGUCUUUGUGGGAGGCAUUCUCGAAGAUCAAAUAGAAGACGGCAAAGUGGGUCCAUUAUUCCAGUGCAUAUUGGUGGAACAGUUUAGACGUCUAAGAGACGGUGAUCGUUUCUAUUACGAAAACCCAACUGUAUUCUUACCGCAACAGCUGGAGCAAAUUAAACAAGCUAACCUGGCUAGGGUACUUUGUGAUACUGGAGACAACAUUCAAGAAGUAAAUGAAAAUGUCUUCAUUUUGGCCAAACAUCAAGGCGGCUAUAAGAAAUGCGAAGAAAUUCCUGGCAUUAAUUUAUACUUCUGGCAAGAUUGUGCAGUAUGCAGCAGUUUACCGCCACUCAUCGAUUCUUAUGUACCACAGACAUAUCCGAAACCCAAUCGUAUGAAGCGAUCACUGGCCCAAACACAAAUUAAGGAAGAAGAAGGUGAUGAUGAAGAAUAUACACACUUUAAUAAUUUGGAAGAAUUGAUGGAUGUCAAUGAAGAACGUGUCAGCGGAUUGGAGGAAGUUAUAAGCGCCUUCCAAAAGGAAUUGAAAAAGAUGCACAAGAAAAUGCACAAACUAGAAGAGUCGUGUGAUAGCAGCGGCAACUCCAAGGACAAACCAAUCAAGAGAAAUCAUUGUGUCGAUGAAAACGGAACUACACGCCUGAACAAUGAAGUCUGGACGCCGGAUUAUUGUACCAAAUGUGAAUGUCGUCGUGCCCAAAUCACUUGCACAAAGGAGAAAUGUGGCGAAGUGCACUGUGAACCGGGUAUAGAACCAAUAACGCCGCCCAUGGCCUGUUGUCCUCAUUGUCCUCACAUUUUUAAUAAGACCAGUAAUAACAAUUAG